UGGUUCAUCCAACAGUUUCCCAACCCGUCGGCUUGGUUCAGCGCACGCCUAAGGUAUACGCGCUCGUGCGCGGUCAUGUCCAUGGUUGGUACGAUCCUCGGCCUGGGAGAUCGGCACGGAGAGAACGUCAACUUGGAGGAGGGGAGCGGAGGAGUCUUCCAUGUAGACUUUAACUGUCUCUUCGACAAGGGCCUCACCUUUGCCAAACCAGAGCGCGUACCAUUCCGCCUCACGCACAACAUGGUGGCCGCCAUGGGCAUCUACGGUUACGAGGGGCCUUUCCGAAAGUCAUCCGAGCUGACGCUGAGCAUUCUGCGCCAGCAGGAAGAGACGCUGGUGACGAUCCUGGAGGCGUUCAUUUACGAUCCCACGCUGGAUCUGCAGAAGGACAAGCGAGCGGCGAAGAGGAGUGAAUUCGGGGUGAAGCUGCAGCCGCAGAGUGUGGUGGACAGCAUCAAGAGAAAGGUCAAGGGGCUGCUGCCGAACGAGAGCAUCCCUUUGAGUGUGGAGGGACAGGUGGAGGAGUUGAUUAAGCAGGCGGUCAACCCGAGGAACCUGGCGGCCAUGUAUAUCGGAUGGUGCCCAUUUUUGUAG